AUCUAACCAAGCUAACUCUGAGAGUGACACUCAUUCUUUCUCGGGCUCCCUGGUGAGACUUUGCUGGUUUUCCUGCAGAAAGUGAGGCAUGGAUAUCCAGAUGGUCAAUUCCAUGAACUUUGGGGAGUUUGUUGAUGUUUUGGGGAAUAUCAUAGAGAAAUGCCCCUUGAUUGCGGCAGCCAUCUGGUCCCAGCGCCCAUUCACAGACUUGGCUGAUUUAGAGAAGCAUGUGUUUGACUUUAUUGAAGCCCUUCCACAAUCAGGGAAAGAAGGGAUCCUGAGGUGCCACCCAGACUUAGCGGGCCGGGAGCUGCAGCAGGGAACGCUGACCCCGGAGUCCCAGCGGGAGCAGAGAGGGGCGGGCCUGAGCAACCUGGCCCUGGAGGAGAGACGCAGGCUGGCUCAGCUCAACUGCGAGUACAGGGCGCGCUUUGGCUUCCCCUUCGUGAUCGCGGCGCGGCUCAGCGACAAGGCCACUGUGAUGAAGGAGCUGGAGCGCCGACUGCACAACCAGCCGGCCCAGGAGCUGCGCGCUGCACUGGACGAGGUGCGCAAAAUCUGCCACCUCCGGCUGAAGGACAUCCUGCGGUCUCCCGAGGACCCGGCCAAAUUGUAGAACCCU